AUGGACAAGAUAAGCAGUUUACCAGAUGGUGUUAUUAACCACAUUUUGUCUUUCUUACCGUUAAAGCAGUUUGCUCAAACUUCGGUUCUCUCAAAGAGAUGGCGCAUUCUCUUUUCCUUCUCACCAAAUCUUGAUUUAUUAGAAUACAAAUAUGAUGGUAUCAUGUGCCAACAAAGUUUUGAAGAUAGCGAAGAUGAUAGUGAAAAUGAUAGCCAAGAUGAUAUCGAAGAUGAUAGUGAAGAUGAAAGCGAAGAUGAUAGCAAAAAUGAUAGCCGAGGAAGUUUCGUGGAUUUCAUAGAUAGAGUCUUGGCUGUGUCAGGAAACUUCCCCAUAAAGAAAUUCGCUAUAUCAUGUGAUAUUGGUUUUCGCACCGAUCGUUGGAUACGUGAUGUGCUGAAUCGUGGUGGUGUCUUGGAUAUUGAUCUCCGUCUUGGCAUAGAUGAUGCUCAUCUUCCUAGUGAGAUUUUCACAUGCAAGACGCUUGUGGAGCUGAAACUAACUGGUUUUUGUAUUAAAGAGCUUCCUGAGGAUACUUUUCUCCCAGCUUUUAAGAAGCUCGUUCUGAAAUCAGUUCAGUUCACCAUGAGUCUUCUUCAUAUUAUACCGAAAAAGCUGCUUUCAGCUUGCCCCGUUCUGGAGGAGUUGGUCAUAGAUGGUUUGUUGAGCUAUCGUUCAGUAUCCAGUCGUAGCCUUAGGAAACUUACUAUUAGACAUACAGAAUUCGAUGGUUUUGAUGGGUCUGAUCUGUUGACAUGA